AUGUGUCCUGGGACGGGGAGGUAACUUUGUAAAGAGAGAGCGCAGUUGGCGAGAAGUGAGAGGCUGCAGGAGUGAGGGAGACGUCUGUGCCCGGGGCCCCCGACCUGAGGACGUCUUCUCCAUAGCCAAGUGCCUGUAUCUCUGCUCCCAACAUGGCCAAACCGCAUGCAGAUGCCUCCAGAGAACACACGACGAUUAGAAGUGAAGCGGCCCCCGGGUUCCUGCAGCGCCUCAGCGACACGGCCGGGGGGAUGCUGCUCGGCCUCAUCGCCUUCACCCUCUCCUUCUAUCUCCUCUUCACUAAUGAGGGUCGGGCGGUGCAGACAGCUGCCUCUCUGGAUGAGGGACUUUCAGUUGUGUUUCCUAUAGGGAAUAUCCAAAGAGUCGAUCCUGUAAAUGAAGCAAAAUUGCUGCACUUGACUGGUCCCCUGCAGACAUCCAAGCCACUUUUUGACCCAAAUUACGGGGUUUCCAUGCACUGUGUGCAGCUGAAGCGCCAGGUGGAGAUGUACCAGUGGGUGGAGUACGAAGAGUCCAAGGAGUAUGAAGAAGGUGGAGAGAAGAAGACCGAGACGAGAUACACCUACAACACCGAAUGGCGGUCAGAAGUUGUCAGCAGCCGACAUUUUGACAGAGAGAUUGCCCAUCGGAACCCCAGUGCCAUGGCGGUAGAGUCGUACACAGCGGUGGCGGCGGACGUUCAGGUCGGAGGUUACUAUUUAUCUAAAGGGCUGAUUAAUAAGGUCGACAACUUCAAGCAGCUGAGUCUGUCCCAGAUCAGGAAUCCGCACGCUGAUGUCAUCGCCGGCGGGAAUUACUUCUAUCAGGGCGCCGACCCCAAGAACCCAGAGGUGGGGGAUUUGCGCAUUUCUUUCUGGUACGCCGGUGUUUCGAUGGGAGGCCCGACGUUUGGAUCGGUUGAUACGGUGAGCAUCAUCGCGCGGCAGCGAGGAGGAGAACUGGUGUCCUACAAGACCAAAUCCGGGGACCAGCUGGAGCUUCUGUACCUGGGGAGUCGCACAGCAGAGGAAAUGUUCCAUGAAGAGCAUCAGAGCAACAUGAUGAAGACCUGGGCCCUGCGCGCCGCUGGCUGGCUGAUGAUGUUCGUAGGUGUGAGCCUCAUGAUAAAGAUCUUCCACACUUUAGUGGACUGGUUUCCCAUUGUCCGUGAUCUCGUCAGCCUGGGUCUCCAGCUGUUUGCUUUGUGCGUCUCCUCGUCCCUGUCUCUGCUGACCAUCGCCUCCGGCUGGCUGUUCUAUCGCCCGCUGAUAUCCCUUCUUCUGAGCGCUGCCGCCCUUGGCAUAAUCUUCCUGGCCCGAUCCCGCGUACCCGCCAAGAAAUACCAGUAGGGGCCCUUCCCUGCUCGGGUCCUGAAUGCGCUGGUGAUGACACUGGGGUCCACGAUGCAAUAAUCUCUUCAAUGUAACUUGUUUUUUUGAUGCUUUUUAUAAUAUUGUUUUCAUUGUCUUUUUAUGCAACUAUUGAAUAACUUUAUACACAUCUUGUACUCCAGUCACAUCCAGAGCAGCCUUUCGACCUCUUCUGGUCUCCUGCCACUUGGUCAUGCAGUAUCUACAAAGCACGCUUUAGUCCUUUUGGGAGCUGAGCUGUUACAGAGCACUGGGGAGUGGCAACCCUCAGAAUAUUGAAUGCUGCUUUGGAUGUGAUUGGAGUAUGACAUGUCCAGAUGAGUACAAAGUAUGUAAAGCAAAGUUAUUCUCUCCAGUUUUAAAGCUCAUAAGAAUGUUGGAUGUCUGUUUAAUGUAAAUGCGUCCUGGGUCAGAUUGGCGCCUUCCGACCACGGAACAAUCCAGUUAGAUGGCGCCCGGGUCAGAUUGGCGCCUUCCGACCAUGGCAGAAUCUAUGUAGAUGGUGUCCAGGUCAGAUUGGUGUCUUCAAUCCACGGAAGCAUCAACGUAGAUGGCGUCCGGGUCAGAUAAGCGCUUUCUGUCUGUGGAAGAAUCUAUGCAGAUGGUGUCCAGGUCAGAUCGGUGCCGUCCGUUCAUGGAAGAAUCUACAUCGAUGGCGUCUUCCAUUCAUCAUUGCCAAAGAGAUUCCCGUUGUCGUAUGUUAUUAUAAUGUCCGAUCUUGUCCGCUUUGAGGCGUGGAGCUCUGUGCCUCGUUCCUCAUUGCAGAAUAUUUAUGGCAGUCCGUGUGACACGUAAAGCCUCGUACUGUCGUAGUACUACAAGUCUCAGCAGGAGAGCUUACAUUCACGCAUGUUACAUUGUGCAAGGACAGUCCAGUUCUGCUUCUCGCUAUCGCUGGGGUUUUCCCAUCUGCAAUUUUCUGAUAGACUUUCCUGAACACUUUCAAGAUCUCUGCUUUCAGUCGGUGAAAACCAGUUCGGCUCAUUAACUAUAACAAAGUUCUGUUUACCUCUAACUGCAAACAGUAAAGAUUCCAGCCAUGGACAGCAAGCAGAGAUCUUAAAAACAGGGAGUGGUGAAGGCACAAAGUCUAUUAGCAGGUUGCAGAAUUUCUCAUCAAUGUGAUUUUCUGGGUUCAGCACUAGAAUUUUUUUUCCCCCUAUGGAUCCAGUUUUAUGCUUUGUCACUAUUUCCAAGACCUCUGAUAGUAGUCAUUGAAUGGGAACUGUCACUGUUUACCGCACAGAGGAUCUGCCCUUUACAUGUGAGGAUCACACGGACAAGAGCUCUGAUAACUGUACUGUAAUGAGCAAAGGACCAGGGCUGCUGAUUUAAAAGGUUCCCAUUCAUUGACAGGCAGAGAUCUUGAAAACUUUCCUGAUAUUUUUGCAGCAACUAAAUAAUCUUUGGCCACUCUGCUACUUUUAAGAGGGGUAGUCUGCAUUCUUUAGCGGGUUUUUUUGCCUGUGGAGAUUUUCCUGGUGAAACAAGUUAAAGAAAAAGUUUUGCCUGGUAAAAAAAAAAACAUGCUGCUGAAAGCGUGCGGUGAUGCCCUGCUGUAAUUAGCGACACUUCAUACUACUGCUAUGUGUGAACCCAGCCAUAGGGCGCUGCAUUACAGAUGUGGGAAAAACUUUUUUUUUUUAAAUGCUUGCGGCUUUUGCAACAACAUCGCUGAUAUUAUGGUGCAUUUUAAUCUUGCAAAGCAAAACCACAGCCGUGACACGUGGCAUCACCCUUAGGCUAUGUUCAGAUGUAGGAUUUUGGACGCAGAUUCCAGUUCCAGAAAACAGGCUCCAAUCUGCACUGAAACCGCCUCCCGUUGUUUUCAAUGGGAGGCCGUGCCACAGUUGAUGCGGUCACGGUUUUCCCGACCGCGCUGAGAACGUACAGGUCCUUUCUUGCUGCAGUUAACACGUGGACCCCUCGCAAAGCCACAGCAGGAUUUAAUGGAGCUGAACCUAGAGAAGGGUCUGCAUGAAAGCAGUUCUGCCGGAGGAUACACGGAGGUGUUUGUCCCAACAUACUAAUUUUUUUUUUAAUGCAGUUUUAAAAGCCAAAAUCAGGAGUGGAUCAUAAAAAGGAGAGAAAGUAUAAAGGACGGAUACGACGUCUCGUCUUGAAUUCACAUCUGGUUUUGGCUUAAAAAAAAACUGCAUAAAAAAUCCGGACCGUGUGGCUGCACCCUUAUCCAGGACAAUCGGAACCAGCGGCGUGGGCAGCAUAGCUGCAAUCACUGUGCCACGUGUGUGUGUUAUAAUGUAACCACAUAAAUGAUGUAUUUAGUGAACCUCUGCUUUAUAAAAGCUACUGAAAUCUCGGACAAGAGAUUUUGGUCACAGAUUAGGAGCUCCUGUCCUCCCGCUCACUGGCCUCAUCAGUUUCUAUCCGAGGGAACAGGUAGAAAACAAUGAAUGCAGAACAUGGGCACGCUCACAUGGCCAUAGUGGAAAUUUUGCUUUCUGCAAAUGGGAUUUGCUCCGACUUUUGCAGAGUAAAAUAAUUGAUAAUUUAGCAUUCUCAGGACAGGGGAGAUUCUGGAUUAUUGGAGAGUCUCAGCCAUCAGUGGUCUUCAACCUGUGGCUCCCCGGCUGUUGCAAAACCCAUGGUUGUCAAUAUGCUGGAAGCUGUGGUUUUGGAGCAGUUGGGGGGGGCACUGACGGCUCAGGCGCCAAUGUGAAUCCACCAAGUGACAGAUUAUUAAGUGAAGUCCCGUUAGUCCGGCGUGGGACUGUUAGCUGUGGACUAUCUGGAUGUACAAACAUUGUUUGUACAGACCGGACCCAGACAGGCGGUACGGUCAUGGGACUGAGCCCUGCAUCAAGAGGUCUCGCUGUGUGGACGUGGAUUAGACAGGGCGGCAAUGUCCGAGCAUAUGAAAUCACACAACACUUGACGCUUGUCACUGGAUAUGGAGAAAUAAACGCACUUUUGACAAA